AAGGAGGCUCAGUUUUCUUUCUUUCCUUCCUAUACCUGGAAACCUCUUUUUUCGACCUGUUAGAGCAGCCGCCAUUGUCGUUCCUGUAAACAAAAAAAAAAUGGAGGGAACAGAAAAUUUAAUGUGCCGAUCAGGUGACUCAUUUAAUCCCUGGAUCACUAGCAGCUUUCAGGUCUCCUGUAUUCUCGUCACUUCUCAUAUCUUUCACGUUCUCUUGAAACCCUUGGGACAACCUGGUCCCUUUGCACAACUUCUUGCUGGUGUGGUGGUCGGCCCGACAUUGUUGUCCCGUAUAAGCAAAGUGAAGGAUUUCUUCAUACAGGCUUCCUCUGCAGAAUACUAUAUGUUCUUCUCUUUCUUAUGUCGGAUGCUGUUCAUGUUCUACAUCGGCUUGGAAACCGAUAUUCCUUACGUAAAGCGUAACAUUCGUGUCGUGAGUAUGGUUGCCGGAGGGGGUUCGAUCUUGGCCUGCAUCUUCGCCGUACCUCUCUUGUGGUUGCUCAGCAAGGUGUUCAAUGUGUCCGGCUACGGCUUCACUUUCUACCUUCUCAUCUUCACCGUCUUGGCGAAUUCGGCCUCUCCGGUAGUCCUUCGGAUGAUCGCCGAAACCAAGUCCGACACCUCCGAUUUAGGCCGACUGGCGAUCUAUACUUCCCUUUUCAAUGAAAUGUCUUGCGUCGUGAUUGUUUCUCUACUGACGGCCUUCACAACCAAUGCAAAAUUUUUUGGCGCAAUCAUUGCCAUUGUUUUUACGGCCACCGCUGUCUUUCUCAACAAGUACCUAUCGUUGUUUUUCAACAAAAGGAAUCGGCACAAUAGAUUUGUCACCAACAGUGAAAUCUUCAUUAUCAUGUUUCUUCUUACCAGCGUGUCUGCGAUUUUGGAAAGCAAUGGCUACACAUCUAUAACAUGUUGUUUUUUGGUAGGUCUCAUGUUCCCCAGGGAAUGCAAAACCUGUCGGACAUUGCUGCAUAAACUCACUUAUGCAGUGAAUAACUUCAUACUUCCGGUCUACUUCGGCUACGCCGGAUUCCAGUUCGAUAUAACCAAUCUCUUUAACAAACUCACGAUUCUCCUCGCUGUCAUCAUCCUCCUUCUCAGUGCCGGCACGAGAACCGUCGGUACGCUCGCCGCUUGUUAUUACCUGAAGAUGCCGAGGAGCGAGUCUAUCAUCCUUUCGUUAUUGCUCAACAUGAAAGGCAAUUACGACCUUAUAAUCAUCAAUACUCCUCCUGUUACCGGUAAGCUGUGGGAGGAAGAUAUUCACAACUUGUUUGUGAGCGUAGUGAUUCUCAAGACGUUGAUCGUUGCGCCGCUUGUUGCCGUUUUGUUGAACAGAGACGUCUGUUUUGCUCAUUAUCCUACCACACUCGAAAUACUUAAUCCGGACAGCGAGCUUCGGCUGAUGGCGUGUGUGUACAUCCCACGCCAUGUUUCGGGGCAUGUCAGCCUCAUCUCGGCGUUGAGCGGCUGUCAAACUGCAACUAUCAAGCCUUAUAUGGUGCAUCUGGUUGAGCUUCCGAAGAAAAGGAAGAGCAAAUUGAUGUACCAUCAACUGGAAGAAGGCGAUCAGUUCAGCGACGAGGAAGAGUACGGUGGAAACGAUAUCGUCGAGAUCAGCGACGCUCUCAACUCCUUCAUUUCAGAAACCAAAAUCUUGGUCCACCAAUCUAAGAUUGUAUCACCCUUUCUAACCAUAGAUCAAGCUGUGCGCGAAUUUGCCAAGGACAUGCGAGUGUCCAUCAUUUUCCUUCCGUUCCAUAAGCACCAAAGAAUUGAUGGGAAAAUGGAAAACAGCAUGGAGGAAAUAAGGACUAUAAACCACAAGGUUAUCAGGGAUGCCCCAUGUUCAGUUGGUAUCUUUGUAGACCGUGGACAUACCGGGUUCCAACAACCACACGGCGCUCCCUCCGUGCAAAACAUAGCGACGUUCUUCUUCAGCGGCUCUGACGAUCGCGAGGCCUUAGCUUGUAGCAAGAGAAUGUUGAUGCACAGUCAAGUUAAUUUGACGGUGUUCCGCUUCAUACAAACCAAUUCAAGCAUACAAAACACGUGGGUUAACAAUGCUUCCCACAAGGAUGAGGUGAUCAUGGCAAUAUCGAGUGACGGAGAAGAGCACGAGAUAGACAAUGCCUUUGUGGACGCCUUUUAUAACAGGUAUGUCGCUCAGGGUAAAGCCAGUUUGAUUGAGAAGCAUGCGAGCAACGGAGUCGAGACGGUGGCCGCUCUAAGAGAGAUAUUGGGUGAAAUGUACUCCUUGUUGAUAGUAGGGAAGGCUGGGAGACGGAAUUGCCCAUUGACAACUGGUUUGAGCGAUUGGGAGGAGUGUCCGGAGCUCGGGUCGGUUGGCGAUCUCUUGGCAUCUUCAGAAAUGAAUAACAAUGGUUCCCUCUUGGUCGUCCAACGGCAUCAGCAUUCCGAGGCAGACGAUGACUUCGCCACUCCGUAG